AUGAACUGGCCCCAUUCCUGCAUCUCCUUUUGCUGGAUUUACUUUGCUGUCUCCAGACUGAGAGCUGUAGAAACAGCAGAUGGAAAAUAUGCUCAGAAAUUGUUUAAUGACCUUUUUGAAGAUUAUUCCAAUGCUCUUCGUCCAGUAGAAGAUACAGAUAAAGUCCUGAAUGUCACCCUGCAGAUUACACUUUCUCAGAUUAAGGACAUGGAUGAAAGAAACCAGAUUCUGACUGCCUAUUUAUGGAUCCGCCAAAUCUGGCAUGAUGCAUAUCUCACGUGGGAUCGAGACCAGUAUGAUGGACUGGAUUCCAUCAGGAUCCCCAGUGACCUGGUAUGGAGGCCAGAUAUUGUCCUAUAUAACAAGGCUGAUGACGAAUCUUCUGAGCCUGUGAACACCAACGUGGUUCUGCGGUAUGAUGGGCUAAUCACCUGGGAUGCACCAGCCAUCACCAAAAGCUCCUGUGUAGUGGAUGUCACCUAUUUCCCCUUUGAUAACCAGCAGUGCAAUCUGACCUUUGGUUCCUGGACCUACAAUGGCAACCAGGUGGACAUAUUCAAUGCCCUAGACAGUGGAGACCUCUCUGACUUCAUCGAAGAUGUGGAGUGGGAGGUCCAUGGCAUGCCUGCUGUGAAGAAUGUGAUCUCCUAUGGCUGCUGCUCUGAGCCUUACCCAGAUGUGACAUUCACUCUCCUUCUGAAGAGGAGGUCCUCAUUCUAUAUCGUCAACCUCCUCAUCCCAUGCGUCCUCAUAUCUUUUCUGGCUCCCUUGAGUUUCUAUCUCCCAGCAGCCUCUGGGGAAAAGGUCUCCUUGGGAGUGACCAUCCUGUUGGCCAUGACUGUAUUUCAGCUCAUGGUGGCAGAGAUCAUGCCGGCCUCAGAAAAUGUGCCUCUGAUAGGCAAAUACUACAUAGCCACAAUGGCUUUGAUCACAGCCUCCACCGCGUUGACCAUUAUGGUGAUGAAUAUCCACUUCUGUGGGGCCGAGGCCCGGCCAGUGCCACCCUGGGCCAGGGUGGUCAUCCUGAAAUACAUGUCCAAGGUCUUGUGUGUCUACGAUGUGGGUGAGAGCUGCCUUAGUCCCCGCCACAACAGGGAGCGAACCCACCUCACAAAGGUUUAUGGCAAACUUCCAGAGCCAAAUCUGAACAUGGACAGAAACAAAGACCUCCCCAGAAAGAAGGAAAUAAACAAGCUCUUAAAGAAUGACUUGGGAUGCCAGGGUGAGAACCCACAGGAUGCUGACAGUUACUGUGCACGGUACAAAGUGCUGACAAGGAAUAUCGAGUACAUUGCCAAGUGCCUCAAAGACCACAAGGCCACCAAUUCCAAGGGGAGUGAGUGGAAGAAAGUUGCAAAAGUCAUAGACCGAUUCUUCAUGUGGGUUUUUUUCAUUAUGGUGUUUGUGAUGACUGUUUUGAUCAUAGCAAGAGCAGAUUAG